AUGCCUCCUUCAACCCGAAGUGGUACACGAGGAAAUCAGCCAGCCUUUCAGCUGAAGUCUGAGCUUCAGCGACAACAUGAUAACUACGGCCAAAAAUUGAACACCUCAUGGCCCGUGGACGAGCUGAGAGAUGACCAGGGCCCGCGAGGGUUCACUCGCCCUGGUGCCAUGGGAAGUGCAUCUCACAUGAACCAUCACAAUGCUGUAUACCAGUCUCUAAUGCAUCUCCCAAUAUUCGUCAACUGGGUUCGCACCCAUGAUCCCGAUUGCCCUUUGGAGAACUGCCACACAUGCCAUCUCAAGGACAUCACGAAUCUCUAUUGGGGCCAUGACACUGCUCCGACCGUGCCAAUCCCCUAUGCGGAACCAGCUGUCAUGGCCAUCCGUCGUACAGCUCGGCGACACGGUAACAACCACACGAGUCCACAACGGUUCUACUCGUGGCUUACUAGGUUGGACAACCUGCGAGAUCCUCUCAACGCAUCGUGGAAUCAUGAGGCAGCGGCACUUUUCGAGCUUGUCCUCAAUGAAACUAGGACAUGUCAAGCAUGCAAUCGUACGCAUACCGCUCGCCGUAACGAGCAGAUGUUGGAAGUUGACUACGACUCGAGAUACCACGCGCGUCUCGAGGACAUGGUCACCAACUUCUUCAGGGCGUACAAUAUAACACAAUACUGCCCAACCUGUGACGAUGAAAACAACAUGGACGUUUCACGUACCAUUGAGGCUGCCCCUCAGGUUCUGAGGAUCAGUGUAAAUAUCUACAAGAACGGCGGGAAGCAAAGCGAAGCUUUUAUCAUUCCAGAGAACCUCCAGCUAGUGAAUUCUCAAAGGAUGAAUGCACUUCCAUUAUCGUAUACGCUUAGUAGUUCGAUUGCACAUGGUGGUCUUGGAAAUGCGGAGAGGAUGGAUACGCGUCAAGAUGUUGAAGAGCUCGAACUUGAUCGCCAAGAGGAGGAGGUUCGAAGCCCAAUGCAUGGUUUCCACCACGAUUCAUAUGGAGAAGAUGUAGUUAUGCAGGACAUGAGCGACGACAUUGACAAGGAAGAAUUGGCUUCCCAACUUGGGCCGAUGGACCGAAGGAAGUAUUUCAAGGGCUUGAAGGAGGCUACUGAAGAGCAGAUUCAAGAGGAGUUGGGGCUGCAAUCAGAUUCGGAUGGCGAGGAGUGCAGUGGUGUUGUGGAUCCUAUGCUGCUUUUCGACGGGCCAAGACAGCAGAUUAGUCCUAAGAUCUUCCUGAGGCGAAUGUACGAUGAUUCCUCUGAGCCAGAGUCCGUGGAUUCCGAGAUGGAAAGUGUACACUCAUUUGCUCCAAAUUUGGACAUAGAUGAUGAUGUGAACAUUGAUCCUGUCAGACCAGAUCCCCCCAAUUGGGGAAGAGCUCCGGUUCCCCCGUUGCCCGGCGGUCUUCCGGCUCUAGUCCUACCUCCUCGUGACGAAAAUGAAGGGGCUGAUAUUCAGGGAGAUCUUCCUCUUGAUAUAUUUAGGGGGGGUAGGGUGGUUCACAAUGACGCUGCCGACGACCCCGAAAACCCUCGCAUCACCUUGACCAUUCCAAUCCGAUACAGAAGUGAAAGAGCACCCGGGAACAUAGAGUCGUUUUUGGACGCAUCCUAUCAAAUUGAUGUCAAUCAGAAUCUCGUAAUUGACCAUGGCGGCGACGAGGAAGAUGUCCCGCGUUUUGACGACAGGACCAUAGUCGUCGUUGUGAAUGGCCAGCCAGCAAUCAUGCUGUUCAACAACAACCCCAUUGUCGAUACCGAUGGGCCGAUAGACUUUGACCUGGUCACAGAAGUGAUUUACAUUGAGGGAGACGCUUACCCGACCGUCACCCAGGACCAACACCGCGAUCCGGCCCUUUACCUUGUAAUUUAUGGGCCUACUAGGAAUGGACGCAAUUAUGUCAGGAGGAUAGAUAUGGAUCCCGAGAAUCGAAAUGGAUUUGGAGAUGACGAUCCGAAUGAACCGGAAGAUGACGAUCCUAACCCUGGUCCGGAUUCCUGGGUAAUCAACAUUAAUCUUCGGUACGACUUUCUCGAAGCACCAAGAGAUCCAUUACCAUGGCAAAUAGUAGCCACCCGUGUUGAAGUCUGGGAUGAUGGCAACGAGUAUCAAACUUUCGUCAUCGUUCUCAACGGCCAACAACGCAUCAUGCUUUACAAUAGCAACCCUGAUGUUGAUCCCAAUGACGAUGUGGACCUCGAGACAGCUACCCAGAUUAUUUAUAUCAAUGGACAAGUCCAACUCUUCGAGGAAGCGGAAAGAAUCGAGGUAACCGUUCCACGACGUGACGGGCCUCCCAAUUUCGUGCUAAUGCCUGCUCGAGCACGCGAGAAUGGGUCUCUCGAUAGCGGAGAGGAGCAGUCUAGAGAUGGGGAAGAAGAGGAUGGUAUCCUACAAUUCGAAAUCAGCGGCAGAACCGAGGACGAAGAUGAACAGGAAUGGAAUCCCUCGCAGCAAUUACAGCAGCUGUACGAUCGCGCGUACGGAUCUCGUCGCGGAAACCGGGACAGUCCGUACACGACCAUUGCGAUUGUCAACAGGGAAGACCAAGCAUUGCUCCUCUACAACACUAACCCCGCCAUUGAUUUCGAAGAUGAGGUGUAUGUACAAGAUGUCACCGAGGUGAUUAUGAUUGAAGGGCAUGUCACCAACAUCCGACGCAUUCCCUUUUAUGACGAAAACGGAGAGCAAGUCCUCGACAGAGCGACUGUGAGAUUUGGAGUGCAGUUUUAUCCUCCAAGCAGCCGAGCAAAUACGCCAAAUGUGCCUCCUCCUGCUCCUGCUCCUUCUCCUCCGCCACCACCACCACCAGCCUCGAUUUCACCACCCCGGGUCCCCCACAGCCCAAUUAGCUUGGGUUCCGCCUCACUAUCCUCUUCGCCCCGCCUCCCACUACCCACACCAUCACCCAUCCUAUCCGAAACCCCAACCGUCUCCUCCUCCUCCUCCUCCUCCUCAUCCCACACCACACGCAGCGACAACUUCUCCCACUACAUCGCCUCGACCCGUGGCUACGCCCCCCGACGCCCCGCCACAGCCCCGCAAUUCCACCACAUUGCCGACGAGCACAGCGCCCGCAUUGCUCAUGACCAGUUGGCUGGGAACCCGCAGCGUGUUGGGCAGGACGAUGCGUGUCCCGUGCCGCCAGAGGAUGGCGAGUUUCAGGUUGUGGUGUUGACGUAUACGAGGGAUAAGUUGAGGGGUAGGAUGGGCAAGUUGGAGAGGUUGAUUCCGGAUAUGUUGUGA